AUUUUUCACUACAGUAUUUGACAGUAUUUUUAGUAUUGUUUCGACUUUUUAAAGAGCUUUAGAUAAAACCAUCCUGGAAAAAACCUGUCGCCUAUUUUUAAGCAGAACCCGGAUCGUAAUAAAAUAAGAAUUCCCAUUGAUAAAAAUGAAAAACAAAGAAGAGUCAGCGCUUACUCCAGAUUCUGCCAAUAUCUCAGACAUGCAAACCAACGACGAUGAUGACGAAAGAGCUGAAAGCAGGGAGAGGUCACGUGGUAAACGCAGGACAGCUCGAGAAAUAGCAAACAUGUUCGAACAACUGAAACAAAGACAUAUUUCCAGAAAGAAAGAAUGGCAACAGGAAAAAGAGAAUCUGAUGAAAAAGGUUGAGAUGGCUGACGAAAGUAAAAGAGUUCUGACUGAACUCAAAUGUAUUUUGGAAAAUUUAAGAGAAGAAUUGAGGUUAGAGGAACGAAAGAGAAUUGAAAUGGAAGCUGCUCAUUUUGCCGAAAAGCGUCAAUGGGAAGCAGAAAGAGACAAUUUGUUGCAAAGUCUUCAGAGCACAAGCGAAAAAAUAACAAAUGGUUCAGACAUGAAAAACUUAACAAAUAAAAUAACCGAACAAUCAAGGCAACUGACCGAAUGGCAAAAUAAUGUCCUUGAACUGAAAAAGCAACUUCUUGAAAAAGAGAAUAGAUUACUUCGAGAAAAACGAGAACUUCAAUUAGAAUUGGAAAAAGAACGAAUAUCAUGGAAAAGGAAGGAAAACGCAUUAAAUGAAAAGAUACGACAGUUGGACAACAAAUCUGCACAAUCAAGUGCUUCAAGCACAUCUCCAAUCACAACAUCAUAUUCUGGUCUCGAUGAUGAAAACAAAUCUAGAUCGACACUGGAUGAACACAGGCAGCCAGAUAAAAGAAAUUUAUCAACAUCUUCAACAAAUGAGUCUUCACGAUAUAACAACUUUCAGAAGACAGUUGAUGAUGCAUUGAAGCAAAUAGAAAAAAUCAGUAAAGAUCUAAAAGAUAUUGAUCAUCCGGUCGACAAAUCAGACCUACAAGCAGGAAAAAUGAGCAGAGAGUACUCAACACCCAGCCCCCGACCACCAUCCAUUAAUUCAUCUUAUACUAGAGGCACAUCUGAAGAUGGUCCUUCUCCCAACGCUCCUUGGAGAACAAAACGAAAAACUAGUUUUCAACGACAAAAUUUUGUCGACAAUGCAUUGCUUUUUGAGGACAAAGCACGACUUUCAAGUGCAAGCGCAAAGAGUGAUUCACCUAGUGAUAUUGCUUUAUCACUACCCCUGAUUAAUACCGCACAGUUGAAGAUGAAAAGAUCACCGAAUCCAGAACGAAAAGUAAAAAAAAUAAGUCGGCAAGGCAGUCAGGUGGAUAUAACAGUCAGUAGCCCAGAUGCACCUUCACCUAAAUCAAACGAACGACUAGGCAAUUUGACUAUGCCCGAUAAUACUAUACCAGAAUCUAUCGGGCCUCAAGACUUUGUCGAAACACCAAAAGAUUUCUCACACCCCAAACCCGGAGGUACUAAGCAGCAGAAAGAAUCCGAUAUUCCUGAUGCCAGAGUAUCAUACAUGAACAAUUUACCUCGAUCGAAAACCAUCACUGUUGAGGAAAAGAAAUUAUCUGAACUCCCUAAAACAACUUCAACAAGAAGCCGUGUGGCAUCGACUGAGAAAACACUUUCAGUUCAAGACCACGAAUUGACAAGAGGCCGAAGUGCUUCGCCCCGUUUACCAAAACUUCAUCAACAACUUCUUUUUAAGAAAGAUGAUAAACGUGCUGCAUUAAGGAAAUCGAUCGAAUCUGAAUCUUUUACUUCUACAGAUAAAGGCAAAACAAGUGAUGAUGAACCUAAAAUGUUGAUGGCACAUAAAGAAACAGUUUCUUUAGCGAAGACUAAAGAAAAUGACACUAAUAAAAACAACGCAGCUGUUACUAAUUCUAAUGUUGGGUAUACAGGAAGAACUCUCGGAAACGUGAAAACUGAAAAGUUUAGCACGAAUAUAAUUCCAGAUACUUCAAUCGUUUCAAAAGAAAAGGAAUCUUCAUCCACGUUUCCAACUAAUACUUAUUCGGAAAAUAUUAAGAAAGAUAUUUUCGCGGGAGAUGUCGUACCACCUGUUGUUCAUCCUAAGCCCAGAGUAUCAAUACAUAAAGAUCAGGAAGGGAAUAUUGUACGAGUUUCGCCUACUACUGCUGCUCAAGAUCUUGCUCGGAAGUCAAUAUCACCGGACAGUACACCGGGAUCAGAAAAACAAUAUUCGAUUGCCGGUCGUAUGGGUAGAGCAGGAAGAGAUUGGAUAAAAAAGAAAUUAAGUUUCAAAGAACGAAGACCGGACGAAGAUAUUAGCACAGAACGCACACUGGACACUCCACCAUCUGUGGAGCAACUAAAGAAACGAGGAAAGAACAAAGCUCGUCAGCGAUCAUCUUCUUUAUUGAGAAACAGAGUUGGUUUUGGCAGGAGCUUGUCGACAACUGAAGAUAGUAGUGAAAGUGAGCGAGAGAGUAGGCGAAGAGAAUCAUUUUUAAGAAGAUCAAAAAGAAAAGGUAAAACCACAAAUGAGAGUGUCAAAACCGGAUCACCUGCAAAAUCGAGGCCUAAAAAGUAUACUAGAAGUAAAACGGAAGGUUCGCCAAAAGAAAUGAGAAACUUUUUAGCAAAAUUCAAAGCAUCACAGGGUAACCCAAACAAACCUUCCGUUGUAAAACAGUUUGAACUAAAACUUCUGGAGAAUGAGGUCAAAACUUUGAGUGAGGAAAACGUUGGAACGACAUGUUCUCGAGGGGAAAUCGGAAGUACACAAGGCGCGCGAAUGAAUACUGAUAAGAAAACCAAUGAGUCUAAGAGGCAGCCUGAAGAUGGAUAUUUAAGCGGAGAUGAAGGAGACGAGGACGGGCAAUUUUCCCCCCUAAAAUUGGGUGAUACACCUUACGUACCCUCAAUUAUUCAAAAACGAGAUAAUUCGUCCAGCCCCAGCAGAGUGGCUUGGAGGUCAAAAGCUAAACUCGGCCCUCCUGUAAAACCAAAGACAUAUUACAGACAAAGCAUGCCUGAUUUUUCUUCAAAUCGUCAUGUUCAUUUCAAAUCACCAGAUAUGGAUGAUGAAACCAAUAAAAGUCAAGCUCUCAAUUCACAAUCCGGCACCAAUGUUUCAAUUGGUCAUAAAAAGGUUAAAGGUCGAGAAAGAAAGGGAGUUUUAAGUCUGGUUGACAAAUUUUCAGCAAAGCCAGAAGAUGGCGCUGGCUUCCAUGGAGCCGGAAAAUCACUUCAACAUCGUCCAAUUAGAAGAUCUUCUACAGUGAAGCCACCCGAUGCCACAAAGAAGAGCUCUGAUGAAAAUAUCAUUCCACGUAGCCAUUCUAUGUCUUCCCAUGACACGUCAUAUCGGUCAAAAAUGCCUUUAACUUCUAGUAAAAUAGAAGAUGAGUUAAUAAAGAGUACUCCGGAUAAUAAAUCUUGGCGUGACAGAGUGAUGUUUACACCCGAUACUGGGGAACCAGAACCAUCCGUAAAAUUGCCCACUAGCGAAAGAGUCCCCAGUCGCCCACAAAGAGUAUCUGCGCCACCUGGCCAAUAUGAUUCUAUGGUGGGUUUUUGGAAUCAGCCGAAUGCUGCAGCAAAUACUUCCGCUAAACCAGGAAGAAUGAAAAUGAUGAGCGAAGAAAUGAAAAGAAAAACAGACAUGUUGGAGAAAGCUCUCUCAAAAGGUCCAAGAAAACCUCGUCGAUACAGGAGGGCAGACACACAGCCUGUAUAUUCAAACCUCAGUAGCUCAGACAUGAGUGACACAGAUGAUGUACUCAACGUUGCGUUUAGACCUUUUAUUUCAGAAUCUCGACGCAGUGAUAGAGAGGCAGAUAGAACCACUGGGAUUGAAAAUUAUGAGAUUUCAGAGAAAAUGCACGACAUCAUUCCGCCUGUCACAGGAAAAUUUAGUAAACCAACAAGACCUGGAAGAUUGCCUUCGCGUUGGGCUCGUUAAAACUAUUAUUACGUGGAUAAUCAGAAAAUAACAAAUCGAAUUGACAUUUAAGAAUAUUUCUCACAGCUUCGCUAUAACUGCUUCUGGCCAAGGAAUGAAUCCAUGAAUAUUCUUUGUUUAUAUGAAAUAAAAUUACUCUUCAA